AGAGAGAGAGAGAGAGAGCGCUGUGUGGGUCGCAGAUGACAUGCAGAAGAAAGUGUGUGGGCGGAUGAGGAAGUUCAGAGCACGGAUUGAUGGUCACACACCUAUACUGUACUGGCACUUUCUCGCAGCAGCACAACGCCGGGAUUUCCAUCCACAUAUUCCUGUGAUCCGGAGGGGGAGAUCCACGCAUGGGAAAAUGACAAUCAAGUUUGUGGUCAUCCACUUCAUACUUCUCGUUCAAUGUGCUCGUUCUGAUCUACUGGAAUAUGGCGCCGACGACGAAGAUCCCAACGACACCACUGUCAAUCAGAUGCUGGUCCCCAGGUCACAUCAGGAGGAAGCCACGCGAAUACUGAACAGUUUGCUCGAGGAAUACGACAAGACCCUGCGGCCGGACAUCGGAGUGAAACCCACAGUCAUCGAUGUGGGCAUAUAUGUCAACAGCAUCGGGCCUGUGUCCUCCAUCGAUAUGGAGUACCAGAUCGAUAUUAUCUUCGCCCAGACCUGGGUGGACACCCGUCUGCGCUUUAACAGCAGCAGCAGUAGGCGACUAACCCUCAACAGCAAUAUGGUCGGCUUGAUCUGGCUGCCCGACACCAUCUUUAGGAAUUCCAAGAACGCCGACUCCCACUGGAUCACCACGCCCAACCAGUUGCUCCGGAUCUGGAACAAUGGAAAAGUGCUCUACACGCUGAGGAUGACCAUCAACGCAGAAUGCCAGCUGCAACUCCAUAAUUUCCCAAUGGACGAACACUCCUGUCCCCUCGUCUUCUCCAGCUACGGCUACCCUCGAGACGAGAUCGUCUACAAGUGGAGCCGGAACUCGGUGGAGACUUCGGACCAGAAGUACUGGAGGCUUUACCAGUUUGACUUCAUGGGGCUCCGAAACACAACAGAUGUGCUCACGACAACAGCAGGUGAAUACGUGGUGAUGAGCGUGUACUUUGACCUCAGCAGACGAAUGGGCUACUUCACCAUCCAGACCUACAUCCCCUGUAUCCUGACUGUGGUCCUCUCCUGGGUCUCCUUCUGGAUCAAGAGCGACGCCACGCCCGCACGGACAGCCUUAGGUAUCACCACAGUACUGACCAUGACCACGCUGAGCACAGUAGCCAGGAACUCACUACCUAGAGUGUCCUACGUGACGGCCAUGGACUUGUUUGUCACCGUCUGCUUCCUGUUCGUCUUUGCUGCCAUGAUCGAGUACGCCAUGCUCAACUACUACUCCUACAGCAUCCGCAGACCCCCUGCCAAGAUGCAGAGACUGGCCUACUCAUCUUUUAACGUGGGUCCGCCCCCUCGGCCCAUGAUGCCCGUUGGAAACUCGCUGUUCUGGCAGGACUACGACGACAACUGCCUGUACGAGUGCCUGGACGGGAAGGACUGCAAGAGUUUCUUCUGCUGCUACGAGGAGUGUAAAGAAGGUGGCUGGCGGAAAGGACGCAUCCACGUCAACAUCGGCGAGCUGGAUGCCUACUCGCGGGUUUUCUUCCCCACCUCCUUCUUGCUCUUCAACAUUGUCUACUGGGUCAGCUACCUCUACCUCUAGAACAACGAGCCGCCGGCGUUAUCUCAACAGACAGGUCCCGUUUACGACUCUCUGGGAAACCUCACAACAGACCCAUGGGACUUAAGAGGCGUUCGGGGACGGGGGUUGCGACGUUGGUUCGAUAAGAUGGCCAAGCACCCAUUUAGUGCCUUCUUUAGAAAGGGUGCGGCACCGAGAGACCCGGCUUCAGAGUUCCCUGCGUUAUCUUUAUUACCUCAUCCGCCACAUGCAGAACCCCAUUGGAGACAUUCAAAACUAACACACGUCAUUUAUUUUGUAGCACUUUACUUUUAGUUGUACUCUAGAUUUACUUCUACUUGGAAAUAAUGACACAAUUUCUUGUAUCUUAACACCGCAGGUCAAGCAGCUCACCCAUCCGCUGUUAGUUGUUGAACGUGGUUUGUCGGCUUUCAGCGAGUGUUUGUUCGGGACUUUUCACGAACGAGCGAUGCAGUUUACAGUAAAUGCCAAGAAGAUUUGGGUAUUUUAUAACAAAUACUAGGUUACAAAAAAAAAGUUUAAGGACUGCAUAAAGACAUACCAAUCUUAUACUAAACAUGCUAAUCUCAUCCAUAUUCUGUGUAAAUAGAUUAGGGGAGAGCGGAGCUGGCUUCCUCCUGGCAACAGCUACAUGAAAAAAUUCCUACAUGUUACAUCCUUUUCAUCCUUAUUCGUACAGAAUUCUACCGACCGCAAAUAAAUUGUUCUCUGAAAUAAGUGUAAACUGCAUAUUGGCACGGAAUGAGCUGUAGAACUCACAUGCAAACACAAACUGUACAUGUGGUAUUUAUUUUGCUUUAGUCAUUGCCCCAAAAGUCGAGCUUGAGUGCAUAAAAUUGUCCUGAUGAACGCUUCAAUAUCUCUCAUGUCGUGUCACACGCAGGACCUAAAGGCUGCUCGUGCUCCGCUGGAAAUGAUCACAGGUGCUGUAAAAUAGGGUUUAUGCUAUUCUGUACACACAGGGCUGUUGGAAAUGGAAGCUCUAGAUAACGACGCCGCGAUGGACGGCAGCAUUUGAAGCGUUACGGAUUUGUUUACUGUUCUGUGGUGUUUUGGCUUCUUAGAACAAUCAAGCCCCUUGUCCCUUCUCCUCCCCUCCUUCCUACCCAAACACACACCUUCCCCCCCAUAUUUGUAUGUUCAGAGAAAAGCUUUUAUGUAAAAGUAUCUGAUUAAUGUUUCUAUUUUCAUACAGUUCUAUAUGGAAUGUAAGUUAGGCCAGUAGUCCGUCUGGUUCCAGUUCAGUCAGUUCAUGUGGCCUAAAUGAGCUUAUUCCUGCGGGUCCUACAUAUUCAUGAGGCCUCCAGACGUUUGUAAUUACCAUUCAGACCAUCUCAAGUGAUGCUGCAGAGACAGCUGAGAGGCUGUCACCCUGCGCACACAUAUUUACUCUGCUGAUGUAUCACAUUAGCCCCUAAGAGACAAUGACAUUUCUACCCAUAUCUACCAAGAACUGACUGAAUUGCCAGACUUGGCCCUCACCGCAGUAAACCCUCCUCACCUCUGAUAUUUCUACUACACUUUAUAAGUGUCUUUGUCGUUAGGAGCCAAAUCACAUUUUUCUACGUCCUAUUGGAAGUCACCUAUGCGUUUUCAGCUGACUGGGACCUGUAUUUAUAAAGCCUAUUUGGCAUCAGAGUACUAACCAUCAGCGCUGGUGAGCAUAAUGAACUCUGCUCACGAGCCUCUCCCUGAGACCUCAUCACCCCAAUUAAAGCUUUUGUAGUUCCUCUGAAAAGCUGCGCAUCACUCUCACUGUCACGAAAACAUGCAUCGCUCCAGCUUCAUCCUACAAACCAAUUUUGUUUUGUCAGUGAGGUCUCUGGGGAGAGAAGGGGGGGGGGGGGGGGGGGUACAAACGGAAAUACAGUCUGACUUUGGAUCACUCUUGGGGGGAAUAUUUUAUGAAAAAAGGAGGUACAGUGAAAAUAGUUUUUUCUAGUGCGUGGUACAUUGCUUAUAUUAAUAAAUAACGUUUUGGUCAAGUGCUACUGUGAAGUCUUUUUCUGAGAGACACUAUUAUUCAAUUGGAAAUCCCUCAAAACAUCCUGUUUUGGGACUGGAACCCAGUGAAUCAUCAUUAACUUGGACAGGACUUCUGAAUAAAAAUAAAAAUAAAUACUUAUAUGGAUAAUAUGAUUACAUACUACAAUACUUACAUACUGAGUGCUCGAUGCUUCAUGCUGGUCUGAUCUAUACCGAGUUGAUUAUUAGAAACAUCCCUUCACAUCAACAAUCGUGUAGACAUGCAUGUGAAACGUGAGCCACAUAGGAAGCUCAUUCGCAUGUAUACUGAUCUGGAUUACUGCAGCGUCACCGCUUGCAAAAAAAAUGCAUGAAACUGAUUUUGAUCAGUCAAGUAUAUUUUGUGAGCCCAAAUUUCCCUCAAAGAGCUUUACAAAAACAACACUCUCUACCCGUAAACCCUCCAAGAUCCUUCACACCACACAACACAUAAAAAAGAUGCCGUUCACAAACGUAUCCCUGAGAGCUGUGCAGUUUCUGCAACACCGUCUAUCCUUAGACUCCUGAUCUGAAUACAGACAAACACCACUAAAAUAACUUCAGACAACGGAGGAGGGAUCCCUGUUCUGGGACCAGUGGUGCAAGACGUCCUUGGAUAUUUUACUUAAAAGAGACAAUCUGGAAGAGAUCAUUUCUGUUUAGGAGAUAACACAUCGGAGAUCGAGCCUGUGGCCCAGCGAUGGAAGACAUAUUUAGACUUCCAGACUGAGGGUCUUUGGCAAGCUUAUCAGAAGAGAAAAACCUUCUUACGUCUUAAGGACAGAUCCCGUAGUGUGAAAAUAGUCUGUGAAAAGUUAAAGUUCUGCAUUCAAGGUUUCCAUGGAGAUCUGAGUCCAAAACAUAAACAAAAGAAAUAGCUGUAAUUCUGAUCGGCCAGUUGGCAACAACAGAGUGUCUUUCAAAUGUCCUCAAGCAGUGCGCCCGCCUAACAACAAUCACACCGCUAAUAUCCAGCGCCGGAUGCACGAGUGCGUUGCGACAGCCAACCGUUGAACGCAAUAAAUAUAUUUUCAAUGAAUGAUAUAUUUCUAUCUUUAUUCCACAGGUGUGGAAUGCCCUUUAAUAUAUCAUAUUUGCGUUUGGGUUUAACACGGCCGAUAAUAGGGAGCGUUCAGGUGUUCUGAUGCUUCCUCAGGCGGCGCCCUGAGUCGGGAAAUGGCGUUCUGUGAAAAGCUGAUGGCGUUACUAAAUAAAUCCUCCCGUGUCUCAGACAGGCAAGCUGGAUUUCUGAUGGGUUCUCGGAAUAGGGCCUCAUCAUUUUCCAAGUUCAAGGACGUUCAAGGCCGUUAUAUUUGAGUAACGUCCAGAGUAUUCUAUCACAUCUGGCGGGUGAGCGUCAUGUUUCUGAUAUUUUGCCUGGCGCUGACUUUGAUUUGGCUCCUGAUAACUUCUGCAUCUGGUGCCUGGUGCUGAGGGGACUUUAUAGCCUUUUCCUUUCUCUUUCUCUUUUCUUAUACCACCAGUAUUAUGAAUAGCACUAAACCCAUUUUUUUCACAAUCUGUAAUUUGCUCAAUUGAUUUAAAUGUAUUCUUUAGACACUCUGCUCCUGAACUGCAAAUGACUCUGUAGUUUCUAGGAGACGGGGUGCAAGUAGGACAACUCCAAUGAGGAGCAGGCCAGUCAGUCCAAGAAGUGUGCAGUAAAGUGUGCAAACAAAGGCCAGAGGCCGGCAAAUAGCUUGUAACUUCUAAAACAGAAUACAUACAUGUGUGUGUCCAUACUAACUUUCAUCAACUCUCAUAAUUUCCCACUGAUUUGUCCUAAUUUUGUAUUGAAGGGUUAAGGGAUCUUAACUUGGAAUAGAAAUGGAAACUGAACAAAAUGGAUAUGCUUAAACCAUUAUUUAAAUGUUGCCUUUCUGUUAUGGAGCAAAACGGAAACAGUGUCUGACUUUAAUGGUUAUCAAGGCCUUAUCAUUGCACUUCAUUGGUUUCUGCUAAGGAAGCACAAAAAAUAGGAUAAGAGGAAAUUGGAUGAAAAGGGACUUCUGCAGUGUCACUAAAAAAUCCCUGCUAGCUGUGGAAGUUCACGACGGGGAGAUGUGAUACUUCCGCGUGAUAAUGGGAAAAAUUGGGCUGGGGAUUCUACUCUCCCUGCAGCAGGAACAGCAGGAUAACACUCAGGAAAACAUCUUGCAUUGUUGAGAUAAUGCUAUGAGUUGAUUAUAGGGAACACGCGGAGUCUAGCAGUCAGUAAAAACCAGCUGCGUCAUUUUACAUUCAGAAACAUAGUCUGGAUCGGUUUUUAGGAUCCAGGUGGUUUAUGAUAAAAAGGGGUGAAUAACAACACCGUGCUAUCAACCUGCGGUGUGUACAAGGGUUAAACCAUUACAGUCAUGCAACGCCGAGUUGUGGUCGAGCCUUUAUCAGUGGCGAGAUAUUCAUCACCACGGCAACUAGGAGCACUGUACUGUGGGAACUUCAGUAAGACAGUCAUCAGAACAAUUUGUAAUCUGCAUUUAAAUCGAUUGGAUUGGACUGUACACACAUAUAUAUAUAUAUAAUGACAGUUACUUGUUAUACAGUCACACUAACGGUUCUGUGGGGAAGGGCGUUGACAUUUGACUGUUUAGACUUUUCUGCAUGUUGAAGCCAUAUUUUUUUUAAAUGUGCAGGGACAAUUAAGGCAACUGAGGUCACGUCUUCUGCACCUUCUGCAAAUGUUCAGUUACAUUCUACAAUGAACAAGAGUAACACACGGAUAGAUGCAUGUUUUAGAAUUUACAGAGCUGAAAUAUCCAAUCACUGGAGUUAUUCCUUUCCUACAGCUGAUGGAACACCUAGCUUUAGCUAUUUAUUAGUUACAAGUUGCUCCUUUUAAUUACUUAUAUCUGUGUAAAUGCAAUGUGUUGCACACUGUUGCAGUACAGGGUGGAGCCAGCAGCCACUAACCAACCACAGUUAUGUUAUAGCCCUAUUCCAAAAUAGAUUAAAUUAAUUUUUUCCUCAAAACUCCCCAUGCACAACACCCCAUAAUGACAAAGUGAAAAAGGGUUGGGUCUGGUCGGGUUGAACUCUUUGGCCUGAAUGCCAAGCUUCAUGUCUGAAGGAAAACAGGCACCUGGCCAAAACCACCCCUACAGUGAAGCAUGGUGGUGGCAGCAUCAUGCUGUGGGGAUGUUUUUCAGCGGGAGGAACUGGGAGACUAGUCGGCAUCGAGGGAAAGAUGAAUGCAGCAACGUACAGAGACAUCCUCGAUGAAAACCUGCCACAACGCGCUGUGGCCCUCAGGCCGGGGCGACGGUUCAUCUUCCAACUGGACAACGACCCGAAGCACACAGCCAGGACAACAAAGGAGUGGCUUCGGGACAACUCGUUAAUGUCCUCCAGUGGCCCGGCCAGAGCCAUGACUGGAAUCCGACUGAACAUCUCUGGAGCCAUCUGACAGUGUCUGUGCACCGACGCCCCCCAAUCCGACCUGAUGGGACCUGAGAGGUUCUGCAAAGGAGAAUGGGAGAAAACCUCCCGAAAAUAGGUGUGCCAAGCUUACAGCACCGUACUCAUGAGGGUUUGAGGCUGUACUUGCGGCCAAAGGUGCUUCAACAAAGUAUUGAGCAAAGGCUGAGAAGGCUUUUCAUUGUUUCAAACUUUUGAUCAAGCUUGUUUCACUUUGUCUUUAUGGGGUGUUGUGUGUGGAAAAAAAUGAAUUUAAUCUAUUUUUUGAAUGAAGCUGUAACAUAAAGCGCUGUGAAUGCUUUCUGGAUGCAGUGUAUGUACUUUAGAGCCCAAAGGAGAGGAAAACACAGCAAUUCAGAGACAAAAGGUUCAGCUGCUCUUCAAUAAACUCAUCUUGAACCAUA